UUAUCAAAAAUAUUGUUAAAUGAAUUGCUGUGGCAUUAAGAUGUCAGCUUCCAUUCAAGGUAGUAAUUUCUUUAAAAGUCUAGUACUUUUCAGUGAAAUACAUUAACAAACUGCAUUUAAGCCACACUCAGAUUUGAUAACAACUUUGUCAUCCUGUCAUCUUCAUGACAUGCAAUAUUUAAAUUUUGUAACCCGGAAAAAGCCAACAGGGUUUUCUUGAAAUGAUUACGCUGUUAAAAUGGGAACACCCGAUCCAUGAUGUAUGCAUGUAUUCAACAUCUGUGCAGUAUAUAUAAAAGGUGCAGUAUCAACAUCACCACAGAAAACUGAUCCACAGUACUUACCUGAUCAUCAUGAUGAAGCUGAUCCUUUCUCUGACUCUCAUCUGGGCGCUCUCCAGCACAGCUGGAGCCCUUCAGUGUCUACGCUGCACAAAUCCAGACUGUUCAACCACAGUAACAUCAACAUGUUCUUCAGAGACCAUGUGUACAACAGCUUUGAUUCAAACCCCUUCAUUUGGAGUUACAGUCCCGCAAAUCAUCAAGGCGUGUGCACCAUCCUCCGUGUGUCCAGCUACAGGCUCUCAGGCAUUUUCAUUUAACGCGGGUCUUGUGCAGAUAGUUGCAUCUCUUCAGUGCUGCAACACAGAUAACUGCAACGCAGACAAUGUACCUAAGCCUGUUCCUCAGCCAAACAGCCUAAAGUGUUUCACUUGUGACCCCCUCAUUUCUCACUGCAACUCAUCUCAAUUACAAUGUAAGGGAGUGGAGGACCGCUGCUUUAAAUUGAAUGUGACAAUUGGAGGCAAUACUUCUCCAUUCUCUGGUUGUGCAUCUGCAAACCUGUGUGCACUUGGUGCCAACCUGAGUAGCCUACCUCUCUUGCAAGGUUUUGGUAACAUCAGUACACCCUCCUGCUGUGGGACCAGUUUGUGUAAUGCUGUUACAACAACUGCCAGUGACGCCGGCUGUAUGAGUCUGCUGCUGGGAGUCCUCAUCUUUACCCUCCGUUUUUUUGAAGCCUAAUUUUGGGUUUACUUGGCAGUUAGUGGGGCUUUGUGGGACACAAAGGCAGCAAUGAAAUAGACACACAAACACACAUGUACAAACAACAGAGGGGAUACUACCUUUUUCAUGGCUUUAAUUUACUGGGUACAUACUCAAACGAAAUAAUAGAUUUCUUAAUCAAAUCUAAUUGAAUGCUGUAACAUUAUAUUAAAUUUGAGGUUUUGUAGCAAAUUGUACAAUUAUAUUACUCCAUUUUAGAAAAAUACGAAUCUUUGAUAUUAAUGUAAGACUCAAUAUGAGAAGGAUUGUUGACACUCUUUAUUAUUGUUUAACCUUUUUUGUAUCUUAUUAUCAAUUUUAUGGAUCUUGAUCUGCAGUAUUUCCUCUGUCUUUAUCUGUCUUAUAUUUAUCUACUAUGUUGUUAAGCAACAAUACACCAAAACAAAUUCUUUGUAUGUUAACCGACUUACCAAUAAAGCUGCUUUAAUUUAAACAAAAUAUGCUCUGAUAUUGUCACAGUACAGGUGCAGAAUUCAAAUCUAAUUGCCAGUCAGCAGUGUUGGGCAGUAACGCUUUACUCAG